AGGGUAUGAUAGGCUCUUCUGGGGUGAAUUCCCAUUUUCGAAAGGCAUGUACAACUUGUAAAUGAAAGACACACAAAGAGCUGAAGGAAAUUUAAGGGCUUUUAGACACAAAAAGGCAGAACUAGGAAAACCUCGGAGAAGCUGCUACACUCUUCCAGGCUAUGACUUUGCCUAUGGGUUAUACCUUCAUGGGGAUGAUGGAGGUGUACCUGAAGCGAUAGGUCACUGGCACUCAAUGAAACCCAAGCCCCCUUCCCCAAGGGAGAUGCAACGGGACUACAAGGCCAUGAACCGGGGAGCUCUUAAGGCUGGUUAUGUCACAGCACGUGAAUUCAACCUGUACCGCCAGUGGAAGGACAUCCGCUGCAAUGAAGAUGAUGAGAGUCGUUUUAAGAGAGCCCCUCCGAAAGUACCUCCAGAUAUGACCUAUGGAAUGCUAGCACGGCCUUCCACUCCCUUCUUCGACCUUCUCCAGCACAGAUACAAGGAGGUGUGGAUGGAGCAACAGAGAGCAAUAGUCGUGGCCCAGCAAGUGGACAAGAAAAAGUUGCAGAAAAGGAAAGUCUACGAAACUCGGACCUCGCUUCUCAGGAAACAACCACCCCCUGUGAAAUUGGACUCGCUUUGGCACAUGCCCCACUUUCAGAAGGUUGGUCCUCAUCUCAGUACCUUUCCAGACCGUGACGCUCAUAAAAAGGCGUUCAGUGUCUACCACUCAGAAAUACCUGUGAGAUGUGGUCCCCUUGCCCAAGGCAUAUAUACAGCCGCCUGAAAGCUCCACAGAAGUCAUUUACUGAACAAUGUAUUAUGUUAGAACACUAUGUUAGCAAUAAAUUUAAGAUAGUGCACAAAUAUUUUUUCAAGUUUAGAAAGGCUAUAUUCAUGUUGGUUCAAUUGAAUAAAUCAUCAAAUUUAUCAUUGUUUCUGG